AUGAAGUUCGGCAAGGAGAUCCGGCGGCACGCGGAGAGCCAUGUGCGAUACCGGAACUUCUACUUGAACUACAAGGAGUUAAAGCGCCUCAUCAAGAGCCCGGAUCCGGCGAAGGUGGCGCGCAUCCGGGAGCUUCUCAGGCAUCAGCUCGCGAAGGUCGAUAGCUUUGCUCAGCUGCAGGCGGAGACCAUCAGCGGGGAGGCCCGCUACAUGCUGCAGAGGCAGUACUACAAGCCCGGGCGCCUCGACACGCUCCUCCAGGACUACAUCGAGCUCUUUCGGUUUUGGAACAUCAAUCAGUUAGGGUUCCGGAAGAUCUGCAAAAAGCUGGACAAGAAGCUCCAGGAUGGGUUUUCCAAGUGGUUCCUGCCGAUGGUGGAGAGCGCAAGCUUCAGGUCCACACACUGGGACUUUGCUUUCAGGACCUUGGGCCAGCUACACGUGGUGCAAGUCCCUCGCUCCCUCACGGAAGGCACCCUCCGGGAUGAGGUGAUCCUCGUCCCCAAAGAGGACAUCCGCAUCGCCCAGGUGAUCCUGGGCUCCGUUUGCCUGGGCCCUGAGCCAUGCUCGGAACCGAGGUCAAGGGGGAAAGUGCGGACAUAUCUCCUGUGGCUGGACGCGCCAGAGCUGCCUCAGUUUCUGCAGCGCUACCGGCGGCGCCAGUGCGAGCUCUUCAUGGGCGACCAGCCCAAAGUCUCGGACUUCCGAUUCCGCUGGGCCUCCGAUGCCGGCAGCGACGUCUUUCUGGACAUUGUCAAGAACAAGCAGCACAUCAGUGUCAAGAUGAAGCACGCCGAGGCCGCGGCGCUCUGCUUGGGCAAUACCAUCACCUCCAGCAGGCCCAUUGAGGUGGAGGAGGUCCGGCAGCUCAUUGUGGACGAGCAGUUGUCGCCACUGGUCAGCUGCGCCUUUCACCGCAGCGCCUUCACCUCCAACAAGGACGAUCUCUCCAGCUCCCAGCCCUUGGCCUUCCUCGAUGAGGACAUCCUUUUCGUGGACGAGCGGGAGAGGAAGAAGGAGUGGUGCCGCAUGGUGGAGGAGGCUCCGGAGCGAUCAGGCGAGGCGCUACCUUGGGCCAUUCUGCGGCUGAAGCGGGGCGCUCCGGCGACGGCGGCCAAGAAGCUGCGGGAGCUGGGCCUCGCACAGGCGAGCUUCUUCUCCAAGGCUCUUUGCGGCACCAUCCUAUUCCAGAAGGAGGAUCUGCAGAAGCUGCCAAUUCCGCUGGAGGACUUCUCGCUUCAAACGGUCUUCAGGCUAUCUACAGCUGGGUACUCUGUGCCAGACAACACCAUCGAUGAGUCCGAGGAGGAAGUGGAGAGCGCUCCGUCUCCAGUUCCACAACCUCCGCAGCCAUCCUGGGCUGAGGUCAAGGCGGCUGCAAUGACGGCUGCGUUCCAGAGGUGCCUGAAGUCGCUGAUGGCGCUGAACAGCGGCCAUGAAGAUCAGGAUCUCAUGGUUGACUGCAAGACGCCCAUGUCAAAUGAGCGGACCGUGCUGCGCUGGUUUCGGUCAGCAGUGAUGAUGAUGUCGUUGAGCGCCUUCUUGGUCAGCCUCGAAGGCUUUGCAAGUCAGAUGAACGGCUUGCUCCUUGCAGCCAUGUCGCUGAUGUGCGUGCUUUGGCCGCUCAGCCAGUUCUACCGCAGGUCCCUGACGAUCCAAAAACCGGCGGGCCUUGGCCAGCCGGAAACGGACAGGGCGAUGCCGCAGGCUCUUGGCUAUUCACUGGCCAUGGUUCUAGCGUCUGUGCUUGUUGUGCAUGCAGCCUUCGAGGUGCAGACAUAG